AUGCAAGGGAUUAAAGACGUUCGCUGGCUUUCACGCGGGGACGCCAUCGAGCGCUUUGCUGACGUGCUGCCUGCUGCCGUUGUCCUGCUGCACGAGUACGACAAGGCAACGUACACUCUUGUUACCAGUCUGAAAUUUCAGUUCUUCCUUUUCUUUCUGGUAGACGUGCUUCAGGAGCUGAACAGCCUCAAUCUCAAGUUCCAGCGACGUCAGCUCGAUGCGACGCAGGUUCGGUCGAUGGUGCAACACACCACCCUGUGCUUGACAAGUCGCUACGUGGAGUACGGCUCCACCUUCGGCGACAACAGUGGUCAUCUAGCGACGUUUCUGAAGAACCACGGGAGCACCGAGAAUCGCGAGGUGAAGGUGGAAAGCAUUGACGGCGUCGGAACACCCGUAACUCACUCGUACGUGCUGCACGAGGACUUAAUCGGGAAGGAGAAGUUUGGGGGCGACCUGGCGUCGUGCGUGGAGGCGGCAUCCAAGUUCGCUGGGAGGACCGUGUUUUACAUCGACGAUCGCAUGAAGAGUCUAAAGUCGUUGGACGGGAGUCGUCUGUUUCGGCAGGGACGGUACCCUCGUUCGCGCGCUAAGAGAGCGCGCCGGUUUCCCGAAUGGCUUCAGUCGCUGCGCAACCUGUUCAAGAAGAAGCCCAGCCAUCCAGACACCCUCCCUGGUAAGCGCUUUUCUUUGGGGUGA